AUGAAGCUCCUCCUUCUGAUCCUCUCCCUCACCAUCAGCCUAGUGGCCUCCUCCGCCGUCCCCAACGAGGCUUCCCACCUCACCGACCUCUACGACAUUGACUCCAUCUGCACCAAAGACACCGACUGCGGCACCGGCUGCUGCUACAACAGCCUCUGUCUCGCCCACUGCUACCACGAGAAGCCUCACACCGAGCUAAUCCAGCCUAAUAUUGCAUCCACCGACACAACCAAACCCCAAUGCCACCACCGACGAGACUGCAAGAACGGCGGAUGCUGCUACCACGGGAAUUGCGUGGGGCAUAUCUGUCCUAAGGAUCCGAAGAAGCCGCCUGUGGCCCGUAAGCGGGUGGGUACUGCGUUGUGGGCUCGUGGCUCUGGUAUGUCUGAAGAUGGAAGUGCAAUGAAUCAAAACAAUCAGAAAUGUCACACCAAUCGGGACUGCGGGACGGGAUGCUGCUAUCGCGGACUCUGUCUGGCUUAUUGUUUUGGUGAUGCGCGGGAUGAGGUUGCGUAUGCGGAGGUGUUGAGCGGAUCUGCAAAGGGUGACACGGCGGAGUCUACUCCUACUGACGAUCUGUCGAAUCUCAUCCAAUGCCGCAAAGACAAAUACUGUAAAUCCGGUUGCUGCUAUCAUAGUUUCUGUCGGCCUUGUAAUGAGGGGGAUGCUGUCGCUGCUGGUGGUUUGAAGAGAUCCAACACCUUCACCACCCCUCCUGACAAAGAAGAAGAAGAUGAUGAUGAUGAUGAUGAUGAUGAUGACAAUCAAGCUAUGCCCGUCUGCGACACUCGUACGAAUUGUAAACGGGGAUGUUGCUAUCAUGGGUUAUGUCUUGCGAAUUGUGUUGCUUGAUCUUGAUAAUU